CAGCCCGCGGAAGACGUCGGUGUCGCAACGCUGACGCUAUUGACGGGCCUCCUCUACAUCGUCUUCGUCUUCUUCCGAGUAGCCAGCGCCGCGAUUUGCAGCUGAGAUUUUUGGCAGCAUUUAGAGCAGAGGCACAGUUAAAGCGCGGCGACCGAACGAGUUGCCACGCUAGAGCAAGCAUUCGUAUGAAAAGCGAGCUUUUCCAAGAGUUAAUCCUCUAAGAGGGGUAUAAAGGCUCUUCCUUGUGUCAAUUAACGUUCGAGUGACAUGAUGGUUUACACGUGAAGAAUCGUAUUUAAUUGGAGAAAAUAUAAGUCUACUCCAGUAGGAAUAACAAAAGAUAGCUAAAUUAAAUCUGAUUUUUGAAAACGUGUGCUGAAAUUGAAAAACAGAAAGGCCGGAAAAUCAGUGAGGAGUGUUUGCAAUCAUCAUUAUAUUAUCACCGGCGAAAUGGCAUCCAAUCGCAACGUGCUAGAUUGUCUGUCAUGCCGGCAGGUAUUAGACAUUAUGGUGAUUCUCGGCUUCAUGUUAAACUAUAUGCUGCGCAUGAAUCUAACGAUAGCGAUCGUUUCGAUGGUAAUAUCGAACAAUAGUAGCGGUCAACAUUCGCAUUCCAACGGAUCGGCGUUGAUGCCGGAUGAGUGCGGUGCCCAGGCGACGAUGAUGAACGAUCUCACCCCGAUCGACGACACCAGGACCCCGACGAUCGACAUCGACGUUAAUAGAGUCAACGAGAUGAACAACGGCAGCAGGCUCGCAACGUUCCCACACUGGUACCGGGAGGAACGAGCCCAGACCAAGUACUCAUGGAACGAAUAUGAGGUAAAUAUGAUCCUUGGCAGCUUUUUCUGGGGUUACAUCUGCACGGAGUUUCCCGGCGGUCGGCUCGCGGAGAUAAUCGGUACCAAACGAAUCUUCGGCUACUGCAUGUUGAUGUCGAGUUUCCUCACACUACUGACACCGCUGGCGGCUUCCUUAGGCUACAUCGCGGUCGUCGUGUUAAGAGUCGCGUUGGGAUUUAUGAUGGGUGCCACCUGGCCUGCCAUCCAGCCAAUGACUGCUCGAUGGAUUCCACCGACGGAGCGUAGCAAGUUCGUCUCUCACAUGAUGGCCUCAUCCCUCGGCGCCGCGAUAACUAUGCUGAUGUGCGGGUUCCUCAUCGCCUCGUUAGGCUGGGAGUCGGUAUUCUACGUGACCGGCGUGAUCGGGAUUAUCUGGAGCGUAACGUGGUUCUUGCUGGUGUUCGACUCACCAUCGCAGCAUCCGCGUAUUAGUGCGGAGGAGCGGCACUUUAUCGAGAGCGCGAUUGGCACGACCACCACUACCAAGCAUCUACCAAUACCGUGGCGCGCACUUAUCACUUCGGCGCCUGUUUGGGCUAUCGUGAUAACGCACGCGUGCAGCGUCUUCGGUUAUCACACCAUUGUCAAUCAGCUUCCGACUUACAUGAAGUACAUCUUGCAUUUCAACAUUAAAGAGAACGGACUAUUAUCCUCGUUACCUUAUUUAGGCAAGUACAUUUUCGCCUUAUCAAUGUCCAUCUUGGCCGAUUAUUUGCUCCGCAACAACAAGUUAUCCGUGACAGCAACACGUAAAAUUUUUACGACGUUCGCUGUGCUAACUCCCGGCAUCCUCAUGAUGAUCCAAGCGUACUAUGGUUGCGAUCGCGUGGCGUCGGUUAUCGUAUUCACCGUUGCUCUGACAAUAAACGGCGGCAUAACGGCCGGUUAUCUCGGAAACGGUCUCGACAUCGCGCCCAAUUUCUCCGGGACCAUAUUUGGUAUCGCCAACACUUUCAGCUCGAUAGGUGGUUUCCUUAGCACCUUCAUGGUCGGUAACAUCACAUACCACAAUCAGACCUACACACAGUGGACUAUUAUUUUUUGGAUCCUAGCGGCCAUCUAUUUCUGCGGCGCGGUGACAUUUGCCAUUUUUGGCACUGGCGAAUUACAGAGCUGGAACAAUCCGCCCGGCAUACCCAGCUACGCGAAGGAAAAUGGCACUACAGUGGAAGAUGGCGCCGAAUCGGUUCCUCUUAAGAGCAAAACGAUUUCAUAACGUUUUGAGCGAAUAUACUUAGACUUUUCUAGGAGAUUACGAAUUAAACGCGGCGAUAAAGGUGUCGAUUUUUUUUUGCGACACGGCAUAUUCCAAACGGGACAGUAUUUGUUUUUAUUACCUACGGAUUUUAGGACUUGGCCGUUCAGGCCUUCAGCUUGACAAUAGCGAGACAUCUUUAUAUUUUAAUAACGAUGCCUCCAUGAGUUUUAGUUUAGAUAUUUAGAAACGAGGCUUUCAAUUCUCAAAAUUAAGGUAAUUUAUUAUAAUUUAAUUUUUUUUUUAAGUAGCAUUAGAGAAAGAAAUUUUGUUGUAAUUGCAAAAUUACAUGACAAUGACUUUUAAAUAAUUUUUCUUGUAAUUAUAUUAAGUCAAAAUCGUUUUCUUAGUUUUCUCAAGUUUAGUUGAAUAAUGUAGAAUAAUUGAGUGCGUUUUUACGCUCAUUUUUUUAUUGAUAGUAUAAGUUCACGCAAGUUACCAAAAAAGAAGAGAAAGACGCAACUAGAAAUAUCUAGUAGAAAACUCAGUGUUCACUCAAUAUGACAAAUUUAUAUAAAUAAAUAUACAAUUUUUAACAAAAA